AUGUUCGAAGAUGUGAGGGCGAUUAUCUUCUGCGUUGCGUUAAGCGACUAUGAUCAGAUGUGGGGCCAUGGUACAGGUCCUCUUUGUAACAAAAUGAUUGCCAGCAGAGACAUGUUUGAGAGCUUGGUCAGGCACCCUUGUUUUAGGGACACCCCUUUCGUGCUUUUGCUGAACAAGUACGAUGCAUUUGGGGACAAGAUCAGCCAGGUUCCUUUGUCCACUUGUGAGUGGUUCGAGGACUUCAGCCCUUUGAGGCCCCAUAAUAAUAGUCAAUCCCUGGCUCAGCAAGCUUACUAUUAUGUGGCAGUGAAAUUCAAGGAGUUAUACUCUUCAGUUAGUGGUCAAAAGUUGUUUGUAUGGCAGACUAGAGCUAGGGAACGUACUUCAGUGGACGAGGCAUUCAAGUACAUAAGGGAGGUCCUCAAGUGGGACGAAGAAAAGAAUGAUAACAUGUAUGGAAUCACUGGAGAUGACUCGUUUUAUAGUACAGAAAUGAGUUCCUCUCCAUUUAUCAGACAGGAAUAG